CACACACACACACACACGUACUCACACGCGCGCGCGCGCGCACACACUGCCGGAUAUUUGCUGGGAAUCGGAGCACACUGUCGGAGAGACGCAAUGUUGGUCAAACUGGCCGUGGUGCUGCUGGUUUUGUCAGUGCUGGAGCAAGUGGUGGGAUCGGAUAAUAUCGAUAUCCAUGACAGCCUCCCCGAGAAGCCUGCGAGCCAGAAAGGACGCCUCUCCCUGCAGAACACAGCUGAGAUCCAGCACUGCCUGGUGAGUGCAGGGGAUGUCGGCUGUGGUGUGUUUGAGUGCUUUGAGAAUAACUCCUGCGAGAUACGAGGGCUACAGGAAAUCUGCAUGACGUUCCUGCACAACGCUGGCAAAUUUGACUCUCAGGGGAAGUCCUUCAUCAAGGAUGCUCUGAAAUGUAUGGCGCAUGGGCUACGGCACAAGUUCAGCUGUAUCAGCAGGAAGUGUGUGUCCAUUAAAGAGAUGGUGUUUCAGCUCCAGAGAGAGUGCUAUAUCAAACACAACCUGUGCUCUGCUGCUAAGGAGAAUGUGGCCGUCAUGGUGGAGAUGAUCCAUUUCCAAGAUCUCUUCCCUAAAGGCCCGUACGUGGAGCUGGUGAAUAUUCUUCUGAGCUGCGGAGAGGAGGUGAAGGAGGCGCUGACACGGAGCGUCCGGCUACAGUGCGAGCAGAACUGGGGGGCUCUGUGCGACAGCCUGAGCCUCUGCUCCUCCCUCGCCCCGUCCCCCGCCGGCUCCGCCGCCGAACACCACCGCCGCCCCGCGCCCUCCCACCCUGAGCCGGAGCACCCCCGCCCUCCGCGGCAAGGCGACAAGGACAAACCCGCGAAGGCCGGCUUCAACGCUCACCCACGCAAUCGCAGUCAGGGACCCCGGCGCCAGAGCCCAGAGGCCGGAGUCGUGGCUGAGCAGGAAGACCCCGAGGCCACCGGCAUCCGGAGGUGAAAGCGCAGGAGACUGACCUUUGACC